AAUUUAAACAAUGUUUAGGGUUUGAGAAGUAAAAAUCCACUGUUUCCCUCCAUCUCCAUCGAAAGCAAGCUUAGGGCUCUUCGAAGCUUUUGAAUCGGCGGCCAUGGAGAACGGGAGCUUCAGUCCUUUGCCCAUGGCGGCAUCGACGGAAGAGAAGAUCCAAAGUUCAUCGUCUUCGUGCUAGUCCUUCGUUGUUGUCUUCUUUGCUUGAUUCGAUAGCUGUGACCAAGAUCACUAAUAGAAUGCGCAAAGAGGAACGAACUCCGGAGUCCGCCUCUAAGAGGACUACACGAUCCACUGUUGCCUCUCCGGCACCGAAACCUUCAAAGCCUCCAUCGAUCUCCGACUGUCUCUUGUUCCCCGACGAUCCCAUCUCUCUCGACACGCUCCUCUCCGGCCUCCCCGGCCGGAAAAAUCAAAUCUUUGAUGUAUUGCGUUUGAUUGGACCUGUGAACUCUCCAAUGCUGCCGAUCCUUGUCUAUGGUGGUGCGUCUACUGGGAAAACCGCCUCCGUCCUUAGAAUCUUCCGCCAUUUGCGUCGCCAUUUCGUCUACGCGAGCUGCCGCACUUGCUACUGCCCUCGAAUCCUCUUCGAUUCAGUGCUUAAUCAGCUGUCUCUCCAUAGACGGAGCGAGGAAAACGGGUAUACGAAUGCCAAGAAAUGCGAGCGGGCUUCCGAUUUUGUUAAUUUGCUUAGAGAUGCAUUGGUGCGCGCCAUUAAUCUCAUCGGAGCUGGUUCAAAGGAGAGGACGAGGGUUGGUGAUGGUGAGAUGAUUUACUUGGUUUUUGACAAUCUCGAAGCUAUUCGAUCAUGGGACAAGAGCACCAGUGUUCUAUCUCUGUUGCUUAGAUUGCAUGAUCUCCUGAGGAUGCCUGAGGUGGGCUUGGUUUAUAUUAGUAGUGCCACUCCGGAUGCUUACUAUGGGUGCACUGGUUCUAUAGAGCCGGUUCCUGUUAAUUUCCCUGGCUAUAAUGUCAAUGAGGUGUUUGAUAUUCUGAUGUUGAAUCAAGCCAAUCCAAAGCUCUACUCCACUUUUCUCAGUGCUGUACUGAAAUCAUUUUACAGAGUAACUAGGAGGGUAGAUGAGCUGUGGAUUGCAUUGAAUCCGUUGUUUAAGAAGUAUUGUGAGCCUUUGAGUGACCUUAAUUCGGUUCCUGAUGAGGGGAUGAAGAGGAGGCUGUUCAACAGCAUCCAGCCACACAUAACUGCUGCUUUGAAUGAAGUAGUUGAGAUUCCUUCUUAUGCUUCUCAUGAAAAGAACAAGGAGGGAAGUGGUAGUAGGAGGGGCACUAUGAGGAGAUUGAGUGGGAAGGAGGCUAUUAGUGACCUUGAUUUUCACAUGUCAGUGUCAGCAAAAUACCUUCUUGUAUCUGCCUUCCUUGCUUCGCGGAACCCUGCAACUCUUGAUGCUGCGCUAUUUGACUCAACUGGAGGCUCAGACAAUCGUAAACGGAAGAGAAGGAGCUCUCAGAUGUCCAUUGAAAAGAAUGAUAGUGUGGUAGAAGACAUCCUCAUUAAGGGGCCUGGAAGUUUUCCUUUGGAGAGGUUAUUAGCUAUAUAUCAAUGCAUUACAUCUGUGGUAGAAGGUGAAUUUAAUGAGCAGCAACCUGAAGAUGGGGUUACAAUGGAGGGUGGUAAGAUUGGGCUGAUGUCUGAUGUUUUAUUGCAACUCUCUACACUCUGCAAUGCUAAUUUUAUAGUCAGAAGUGGAAGCUGUCCUUUAGAGGGAUCAACUAGAUUUCGCUCUACAAUUGAUGAAGAUUUGGCUUUGAUGGUUGCAAGGAGUAUAAACUUUCCCUUGGCUAAAUAUCUGUGCAGAAGAUAGCAUAUCAGUUCACUACUAAAUGUAAGGCGCCCUUUAGGCAGUUCUUAUCGGUUCAUUGUGAUGAUCAGUUGUUACAUAUGUUCUUUCUAAGCUCAAUAUAUUGUUACAUUACCAAGAUACUUCUUGUUGUAUCCCUUGGUAAUUAUAAGACUGAAGGUGGGAAUUUCUUUUAUAAUAUUAGCAAUCAAAGUAUCAUUUUGACUUGU